GGAAAGAUUCUUCUGCCGGUCCUCUUCGAUGCCCGAACCCAAUGAUGAGUUUCAGGUGGGUCAUUUGUCAGUAAGUAAACAGCCAGUAGCAUCUACUGCCAUGUGGUGAUGCCGCACAAACAUGUGGCAUAGGCAAUCCCGAUGUUCAAGUUGUUGGCAACCUCCAUCUCCAUGAGAGGCACAUGGAAGCUCUGCAUUUGAAAAACCCAUGCCCAAUCUUGAGUGGUAAUGUGGUAUCGAGAUUGCUGAUUUCCUCUGCUCCCCGAAAGAUGGCCAGAUCUCUCUUGGAAUUUCAGUAUCUUCACUGGAAAUCUGAACUUGACACUUGAAGAUUGCAAGAUCAAGAACAAUCAUUUUCGACUCCAAGAUGAUUGCAUUUCUAGUUUCAGAUCUCUUCUCAUUUUGUUUCGGAAAAAAAAUCUUCUCAGUUCUCUCUCUCCCCGAAAGUGUAAAGACAUAGUAGACAUGCCAUAUGCCAUGUCUGCAUUCUGCAAAGAUCACUGCCUCGCUGCAUCGCUUGUCUUGCCGGCAGCUUCUGAAUGCCUGCAAACACUGAAUUUUUCAGUGAAAUUAAAUCUGACCCAUCACUCGUCAAGGCGCUCCCAAAACUGGAAAUUCAAAUGCUGAACCACCGCCGGGAUCUGGAAGCCCAUAACUAAAUCACGGAUUCCGAGAUAUCGUUGUUCGGUGGGCGGCGGCGCGGGGAUCGUGAGCACAUGAUUACCUUGUCUGAUGGGAGUUAGAUAAUGCCAAGCUGACAGUAUCUGAUGGGAAGGUAGUUGCGACGCCCAGCUAACUCCUCAUCACGACCGGUCAAACCUCACACAAAGAUGCAUGGCAUGAGCCGCAGCUUCUUCUUCGCAUCGCUAGCUGCAGGCAGCAGCUGACCUGCGCGGCUAUAAAAGGAGGCCGCUGCACUUAGUUCUCGUAUACCUGCACUGCAAAGUGAAGUGACACUGACACAAGCGAAGCGUUCAGGACUAUAGAUUCCUGGUUGUUGCAAGAGUAGAGUUGUGAGAUCAAGCACAGCAAUGGCGAAGAGGCUGUCAAGCAAACGGAGCUUCAGGCUGCCGUUCAUGUGCGGGCAGUCGGACGUGGCCAGCCCGCGCGGCGCGGCCGUGACGCGGCCGUCGUCGUCGUCGUUCGGCAGGGGGUCCGGGUCCAGCUCCAGCUCCAGCUCCAGCAGCAGGCACUGCGAGCUGCAGCGGAUCUUCCAGCACUUCGACCGGGACAACGACGGCAAGAUCUCCGGCGCCGAGCUGCGCGCCUUCUUCGUGUCCAUGGGCGACGACAUGCCGGCGUCGUGCGGCGACGGCGGCGGCUACAUGCUGGACUUCGCCGGGUUCGUGGCGCUGAUGGAGAGGGAGGGCGGGCAGGAGGAGGACCUGCGGCGGGCGUUCGAGGUGUUCAACGCCGUGGAGUCCGCGGGCAGGAUCACCGCCAGGGGCCUGCAGAGGGUGCUCGCCCAGCUCGGCGACAAGCGCUCCGUCGCGGACUGCGAGGCCAUGAUCCGGGCCUAUGACGUCGACGGCGAUGGCGGCCUCGAUUUCCACGAGUUCCAGAGGAUGAUGAGCUAACUGAAACCGGCUUACAUAGUCAGGGCUGAGAGCCUUCAGCCUUUCAGAGCCCUGAAGAAUGAAAGGGUUUGUUCAUAAGUCUGCAUCCAGAUGAGCCAGUGAAAGUUGCUACUAGGCAAAGGAGGCAUAUACUCCUGGAUGAUCUCCUGCUUGCCUGAAGCAAUUUGCUGCCUCAUCUUGUGUUGUUUGGUGUGUCCCACCAGUGUAUCAGUAAAGUUGCAAUUGAUCCUUU